UUUGCAUCCUCUCCAACCCACUGGGACACCCUCAGCUUCUAGAGAAUAAGGGUCUUGAGAGUCAGCAAGAUGAAGGUUCUACUGUUCAAUCUUGUCCUUGGUCUGCUUGUGGCCAGUGAAGGUGAAGCACAGACAGACAACUCACAGUUCACAGGAAGAUGGAUAUCUCAUUACAAUGGCGCUGAUAACGUAGAGAAGAUCACCGAGGGUGGGGCAUUCCACACUUUCAUGCGUUACAUUGAGUUUGAUGAAGAAAAUGGCACAAUACUGUUCCACUUUUAUGUCAAGGAGGAUGGAGAAUGCACAAGAUCAUAUACCACAGGCACAAAGGAAGAAGAUGCUUAUUAUUUUGACU